CGCCUUUUGGUUGGGAUCCCUCCCCCGCGGGCUCCGAGUCCGUCUUUGUUCUGGGUUGCGGGACAGGCUCUUUGCUCCGGGCUCUUGCGUGGCGUGUGUGUGUCUGUGUACUGCGACCUUCGCUCCCCUUCCUCUUUGCCUCUCCCCACGGCAGCGCCGCUGCCACUUUUCUCGCCCACCGACUUGCUAGGAAGAAGAAAGAAGAAGGGGAGUCAUGGCAGGCCCCACGCUGAAGAUCGAAGGGACUGAGGUGGCCCUGGGGGGCUCUGGGGGGACCGUAGUUAACAUCACCCUCCGCCAGGAGUCCGGGAUGGCUUACCUGUGCAAAGGUGCGGCGUCUCUGGUUCGCCGCAGAGCAGCCGCCAAGGAUGCCACUGGCGCUCCCCCCUCCCGCCGCCCACGCAGGGGGGAGCAGAAAGCCUUGGGGGUAGCCCAGAUUCUGCUUGGCAUUGUCUGCAUUGGCAUCGGCGUGGCACUGAGCAUGGUUGAGCCAAAUGGUGACAUACCCUACUACUACAAGAGAGCAAUCUAUAACGGAGUUCCUUUCUGGUCAGGCAGUCUGUUCAUUCUCUCCGGCACCUUCUCUGCGGUGGGCGCACGACACGGCGGCAACUGGGUCCACCUGGCCACGUUCCUCAACCUGGGCAGCGUUGUGGGGGGUUCGGUGGCCUUCACGGUGGGUUUGACGGAAUUCCCAUCGCUGACUUACCAACCCUACUUUGUCGAGAGCCUCUGCAAGCACAGAACCGAAGGCCGGAGCUACCGGUACUGGGAGCAGACAACCAGCCCUCCGUAUGACAACCAGAAGGACCAAGAGCGAGCCAGCCAGUGCCAGGAGGCACUCUGGGCGCUCAUGCGCAUGUGGAGCUCCACCCAUAUCCUCCUGUUGAUCCUGCACUCUGCGGCUCUGGCCAUCGCUCUCUUCUGCUUCGGAUACGGCCUCCAUCGCCUGUGCUGCUCCUGCUGGGGGGGCUGGCAGGACUACAUGGCCAUGGAGGAUGCAGAUGCUUCUGAAGAGCCGGGCAAAGAGCAGAAUCCUGCGUGAGGGGCAUGGAGGGGAGCCUCCCCCCCAACCCAGCCUUUGGAUCUUCCCAGGAAUCGAACGGCAACCCAGCGCUUCCCAAAGUCAGAUGCUCCUUUCGUCGCUUCUCACGCCAGCCAACUCUCCUCCUUGCACACCCGAUUAAUAAAAGUUGAAUUUCUGGAA